AUGACAACGAUGACAGUAAGUGACGAUGCCAUCAGAUCCUUCUAUAUGCGAAAGCGCGAACUCCUCCUUCUCUUAUUGGUAAUUCUUAUCUUCACUUUGUCUUAUCCCAAGGCCACAGAGAUUGAACGGUUGUUGGUGUGGUACAAUCCGCAAGGCGUGGCGGAAUUGUCCCUUGAAGGUGAAUCUGAUGUUGAAGUGUGGUUGCGCAAGGAACUUCUUCGCGAAAAGAAUUCUGUUCAUUGUGUUCAGCUCGCCUGGCAACUAUGUCCUGCUGCUGCUAUCUUCCUUCAACGGAGGUUACGGGGUUCUGACUCUGUGCGUGAAGAAGUUAGUCGUUUGGUGCGUCAAUCACCCAUCCUGGUAUCUCAUGUGCCAGCCGCUCUACAAUACCUUGCAAAUCCAUCCAAUAUUGAAGCCGACAUUCCAGAGCUCUCUUACGUUCUCUCAUGGACUCCUGUUGCCCCAGUUACCGCCAUAUCAUUCUUCUCGCGCAUGUAUCCACAGCAUCCUCUUACUCAUCAGUAUGCUGUUCGGGUGCUUGACACUUAUGCUCCUGAGACCCUACUCUUCUAUGUUCCUCAGCUUGUACAGGGCACUCGAUAUGAUAAGUUGGGCUACAUGUCUGAGUUCAUUCUGAGUUGUGCCCACCGUUCACCACUCCUCGCACAUCAGUUGCUCUGGAACAUGAAGACCAAUAUUUAUCGGGACGAGGAAGGUCGUGAAAAGGACAUUGAUAUUGGUUCUCAACUCGAAUGGUUGUCGGAAGAAAUCACAAAGUGCUUUUCUGGUCCCGCUCUUGAAUUCUACAAACGCGAGUUCGAAUUCUUCGAUCAAAUCACUUCAGUGUCUGGGGAGAUUCGACCCUAUCCAAAGGGCCCAGAACGCAAGAAGGCUUGCCUGGAAGCUCUGAAGAAGAUCAAACUUCAACCGGGAUGUUAUCUUCCUUCGAAUCCUGAUGCUAUUGUUCUAGAAAUUGACUAUAAUUCUGGCACUCCUAUGCAAUCGGCAGCUAAGGCUCCCUAUCUAGCAAGGUUUAAGGUUUCAAGAUGUGGUAUAACUCAGUUGGAAAAGAGAGCCAUUCAAGCUGCUUCUGAGAUAGCAAACAACUCAGUAACUUCAACUACAAAUCCAAAACCUACUGCUGAAACCGCAGUACCCUCGCGGAAAGAUUCGCAUAUUUUCUCCCUCCGAAGUCCCUUGUAA